AUGUCGGAUCAGAAAGAAGACCGUAAUAGUGACCAGGACGACGACUUUCAGCCGCCAACAAAGAUGAGACGCAUUGGUUCCAAAAAGGUUACCACUAGUACUAGCCAGCUUGACAGCAGAUUUGCUGAAAAGUCAAGUAUCGACAAAGUACAGGAGUACAGCAAGGCAUGGAGAAGCAAUCGAAACAAGGAUGCUCCACAAGAAGAGCAGGUACCCACAGACAUUCUCUCAACGAAGGAUUCACAACUUUUGCAAGAGUGGCUAAUAUGCUUCCUACUGGAGGCGAGGAAGACCAACGGUGACAACACAGAAGCGAUUCGUUUAAUUUUCUUCGACAAGGCAGACCAUUGUUUUGAAGGUUUGAGCAAUGCUCUUGAUAAAGUCUGUCGAGAAUUACGUCAAGAAGGACUAGGAACGAUCCGCAAGGGUUCCAGUGUAUUCACUGCUGAAGAAGAAGACAGUCUAUGGAAGAAGGGAGUAAUUGGCUUAGACACACCUGUAAAACUACUGAGGGCAGUUUUCUUUUAUAAUGGGAUAAACUUUGCUCUUCGAGGUGGUGCGGAGCACAGAAGCCUCAAAUGGAGUCAGUGGUGGACUACGGAUUUACGGCAUCUAAACAAAAAAGUCACAAGAUACGCUAAUGAAGAAGCUGGUGACCAUUGCCACCUAAAAAUUUUGGAUCUCUAUCUUAGUAAGUUGCCAGCAGGAUUUUCUCGAGAAGCCUUCUAUUAUAAACCUUUGUCGUCUACUCCUUCAUUUGGUCCUUGGUAUUCAAAGCAA